CAUCCUUCCCGCCUCCUCUAAAACUUGGCGUGCGUCUCUGUGCAAACAUUUGGUGGCAAGGGUUAGUUUAUACUCCUUCGUUUCCUUCAUUCUGUGGUAGCGUGGUUCUGUUUGACCAUCCUGACUCUUCUCGCUUUCAUCUUCUGGAGAGAAAAUUUGCUGUGUGUCUUGCACAAACAUUUGGUCCAAAGAGGCUUCCUCCACUGGGAUGUCUGGAGCAAAGACUGUAUAUGAUGACUCGCGACACUCGCCUCGGAAAGAAAAGUCUCUUAUGGGAGGGAGACGGCGGUCGUGGCAAGCCAUCAGGACCUCCUAUUCCCCGUUCUCAUCUCCCAGUUGGCGCUCCUCCCUUGUCCCCACUCCUCUUCCACUCUCACCAUAAAGAGCCACCCCGCAGAGCUAUCUGCUCGUAAUUGUGAUAUCUGCGCAGAGUCUGCUGUCUCUCUCUUUUUCUUUUCUAUCUCUUCUUUUUUCUUUUGUGGUUGUUUGUGCCAA